AUUGGACAGUUGGACACUUUCGAAAACGUAGUGGAACCGGAGUCUCAAGGUUGCGAAACGCUAACAAUCUAAUAGAUUGGAGAAAUGUAAUAGUUAUCAAGUGUAAAUCUACUUAGGCGCACGCUUCCGCAAGUUUUGCGAUAGUGCGCGAAGUCGGACUGUCCAUUCCAUCAAGAUAAUUGAUCAGUUUCGUAUAACUUGAAAUUUUGAUAAAAAAUUGUGCGGUUUUAGUGAAAUGUCUUCGAUGGUGGACGAUGUUUGCGAUCUUUUGGACAGUUACAAUGGGAGAGACAAGGUGGUCCGUCUAGCUUGUUAUGCAUGCAAACUAUAUGGAUGUGUUCAAGACGAGAAGCCAUGGCAGUCAGCUGGCUCUCGACUGUCCAACGCCAGGAUGAUGCUGCGACUCUUCGAUGAUAUCCCCAUGAUCAGGCACACAUACAACUAUGGUUUAGGUAAACAUGAAACUACAAGAGCAGCAGCUAUACUAGGAGUUGUAGCCAAUAUGGUAGACCAGGCAUUCUUACCCGUGGAGAAGGCGUGCUGGCUGUAUGAAGUGGGGGUUCUCAAACUAUCAGACAAAACUGCUUACAAACUGGAAACUUUCAGCACAAUGCUGUGGGCUGCUAGUCUGCUUAUAUCACUAAUACAAACAUCAAGCUCCAUAAGAAGAUUAUGGUGGAGUCGGGAUUGUUUACAAAAAGCGUCAGAAAAUGGCGGUGCUGAUGCCAAAAAGCACUUAGAUGUUAGACUCAUUCUAGAAAGCAUAGUAGCAGGAAAAUUAUGCCUGGACAUCACUCAUGCUAUCAGCUGUCUACCAGAAGGCUGGCUUUGGGGAGAAAAGAUUGGAUCAACGAAAGUGGCAGCCAUAGCAACCACAUCAUCCGUCAUAGGUAUCGCCAUGUACUUCGCGAAGAAACGGCUAUUGAAAUAAUUAUAGAUUUUUACAUCGAAAUUGUGAAUAUACUCCCGGUUGCUGGUAACGUUUUUAUUACGUCAUUAAUAAAGACGGUUUUCAGUGUUACCAAUAAGAAGUUACAACAUUUGGUACAUGAAACUUGAAUUAUA